AUGGGCACCGACACAAAAGGGUCCAAGCCCGUGGCAUCUCCGGCCAGCAGUGUCGCUGCCAGCGAGAUCCUCGACGUCAAUGGCUCACCCAUUUCGGGAGAUUCCCUGGAAUAUACUGUACCAGAGUCGAGGAAAAUCGGUGUCACAGGUGCCGUGUUCCUGAUCCUAAACAAGAUGAUCGGAACAGGCAUCUUCUCAACACCAUCCAGCAUCUUCGCUUCCACUGGCUCGGUUGGCGUGUGCCUGUUGAUGUGGGCCGUCGCCGGUCUUCUGACCCUGUCCGGACUCAGCGUCUUUCUGGAAUUCGGCCUGGCUAUCCCCAAGUCUGGCGGCGAAAAGAACUACCUCGAACGAGUAUACCGCCAACCCGUUUAUCUCGUCACCAGCGUCUUUGCUGUUCAGAUCGUUCUUCUCGGCUUUUCUGCCGGCAACUCGCUCGCUUUUGGCCGCUAUGUCUUGCUGGCCCUAGGAUACGACCUGCCUGAUGGAUGGCCGGCCCGGGCCAUUGCCGUGCUGUGCAUCAGUUUCGUCGUAUUUCUCCACUCCGUCUUGCCCAAAUGGGGGUUGAGGCUCACCAACGCACUCGGCGUCUUCAAAGUAUUAGUCCUAUUAGUGAUUGUCUUCUCGGGCUUUGCUGCUUUGGCUGGCCAUCGUCGAGUUCCCGACCCUCACAACUUUGACGACAUGUGGUCUAUCGAAAAGGGCGAUGGAUUUGGGGGUGGAGGAGCGUAUGCAUAUGCUACUGCCCUCCUCCAGGUCGUUUACAGCUACAAGGGCUGGGAGAAUGCCAACUAUGUCAUGGGCGAGCUGAAGCAUCCCAAGCGGACACUGUCCAUCGCCGCGCCCUUGGCGGUCGUUGGCGUGACCAUUCUCUACGUUCUCGCCAACGUCGCUUACUUUGCUGCUAUUCCCAAAGCCGAGCUGGCCAAGUCUGAGGUCAUCGUGGCCGGGCUCUUCUUCCGCAACAUGUUUGGAGAGAGCGCGGCGGCCAGAAGUCUCCCGGCUCUUGUGGCCUUGAGUAACAUUGGCAAUGUCUUGGCCGUGAGUUUUACACACUCGCGGGUGAACCAGGAGCUGGCCAAGGAAGGCGUUUUACCUGGGAGCAAGUUUUGGGCAUCCACCAAGCCGUUCAACACGCCUGCUGCUUCACUGUUACUUCAUUGGAUAGUGACUGUCAUUGUCCUGGUCGGGCCUCCUCCCGGACCUGCCUACAACUUCCUUGUCAAUCUAUACACCUACCCCGGUGCCUGGAUCAAUGGCCUUGUCGCCGGUGGCCUCAUCUACCUCCGCCUCAGCAAGACCGAAGAAUGGAGUUCACCGUGGCGCACCUGGCUACCAGUUAUUUUUAUCUACCUCUGCCUCAAUAUCUUCCUUGCCAUUACCCCCUUCAUCCCUCCCAACGACGACUGGAAUGCCGACGGCUACCCGUACUACGCUUUCCCCCUUGUUGGCACCGGGGUCCUGGGUCUGGGUGCAGUAUACUGGGUUGUAUGGACCAAGGUUUUGCCCCGCUUUGGGGGCUAUGAACUCGUGGCCGAGAAGGUUCUUGAUGAGACCGGGGCGGAAGUGGUGCGAUACAGAAAGCUUUCUGCGAGGAAUGUUCCGUCUUCCGAGGGAGAGUCUUCCGAAAGAGGCUCACUCCUAAGGAGAAGCACCACCGCGGGAGCCUCGGCAGAUCACGGCAGUUACGGAGCUAUAGAGGCAUGA